GGCGCGCGCUCCGCCCGCCCCAUAAGCGCCCUGGGCAGCCCGGCUGCAGGCUCCUUGCACCGGCUGCUCCGGGGCCCCUCGCCAUGGCUGCCGCGGAGCUGUACGCGCAGGGCACCCGGGUGUGGAUCCCUGACUGCCUGGAAGUCUGGAAAUCUGCAGAACUAACCAGGGGCUACGAGGAAGGAGACAGCUUCCUCCAUCUCCGCCUGGAAGAUGGCUCGGAAUCGACCUUCCCCCUCGACCCCCGGUGCCCCCAGCUGCCCUUCCUGCGCAACCCCGACUACCUGUCAAGAGAGAACGACCUGGUGGCGCUGAGCUACCUCCACGAGCCGGCCGUGCUGCACACGCUCCGGACUCGCUUUCUGGAGACCAACACCAUCUACACCUACUGCGGUAUCAUCCUCGUCGCCAUUAACCCUUACAAGCAGCUGCCCAUCUACGAGGAGCUGGUUAUCUACGCCUACAGUGGCCAGAACAUGGGUGACAUAGACCCCCACAUCUUCGCCGUGGCCGAGGACGCGUACAAGCAGAUGUGCAGGAACAACGAGAACCAGUCGCUGAUCAUCAGCGGCGAGUCGGGUGCUGGCAAGACGGCGUCGGCCAAAUAUGCCAUGCGGUACUUUGCCCUGGUCGGGGGAUCCCUGGGUGACUCCAGCAUGGAGGAGAAGGUGCUGGCCUCGAGCCCCAUCAUGGAGGAAUGCCCUCAGGAGGCAGUGGGGCUGGAUUCUGCUGGAGGGCUGGCAGCUCCCCUGCAGCAGGACCGCCCUGAGGGCAGAGGUGCUGAGCUCCCCACGGAUGUAGGGUGA